ACACCAUAGAGUGUCUUCUACGCCACAACCCUUGAAAUGCAGUUCUUAUGCUUUGUCUAUCGGGCUGGCCGUUCGGAUCUAUUUUCAUUUUUACCAUCGGCAAUCAGAUAAUGGUCAGAAAUGGAGGAAAUUUCUGCGUAGGUCCACUUGAAGGUUUCUCAAGAUUUUGAGAUCAUUGUCCAGGUUGGAAGUUCAAAUACUCCAAAACCUGCUACUCUGUGGACAAGUCAAUAUAGGACAAUACUACAUAGUGUGCUACAAGAUAAGGAUCUUUAGCCUGGACAAUGAUACGUGCAGCUCAUAUUCAGUUUUGAUUAGUAUUAUGAUAAGCUUUGAUAAUAUAAGUUGUGUGUAGCUUACUUAGCUUAUCUCUUAAGAAUUUAGACAACUUCCAUUUGUAUGGGAUACUUGAUUUUUUAUUUUAUUUGCCUGAUUAGUUGAAAACUUCUUAAUCCUAAUAUGCUGAAAAUCACUAAAUACUAAUAAUAUUUUUGUUAUGUCAUAUACAUAUGUAUAGAGAUUAGAGAGUACUUCAAUGUUAGUCAUUUUUAUAUAGAUUUUAUGUAUACUCAAAUAUCAUCACAUAUUUUUUGUUCUAUUUUAUGCGAUGCACUUCUUUUAGUAAAGUUUAUACAAAACAUGAUGUAUUAUUAUAUUUUAAAAAAAUUUAACUAUAAAUUUUUAUUAGUUUAGAUCUUCUUUUUUAAAUUUCAUAUCCAAUCACAAAAAAAUAAAGAAAGCAAGAUAAUAAUGAUACGAGCUAUGUGCUUGCUUGUCAGUGCUUAUCCUUUUUGGUAUGUUGUCUUUAAAUAGCUGAAUAGUGACUCUACUUAUAGCCGCCUCUUAAUUCUCAAGUCUCCAAUCAUUUCACUUACCGUUCACACACAGAUCAACCCAUUUAUCUUAAGUCUUGAGCAUUAUUAGCAUCAACAGUCUGUACCUUUUUUUAGCUCAGAGUUUAGUUUGCACAAGUGAAAAAUUGCUGACCAUGUCUCUUGACAUCUCCUCCAUUGUAUCCAGGUAUAUUUUUGUCCAAGAUUCUUCUUUUCUUGUUCAGCAUAAGGUACCUGAAUUCUUGCAAGCUGCAUGAGGUCCUUCCCAAUGCUGCUGUUCUAUCCCAGCUUUAUAAGGCCAGCAUGCAGGAAAAAGUUCAAAAGAAGAGCACUCUAGUAGUUUCACUUGAUGAGCUUGAAGAUGAUGACAUGUUGCCCCUUGUCGAUACGUUGCUUAAGGUCCACCUUUUCAAUGUUGAUGCAGUAGACAUACUUUCCACGUCAAAAUCGGUUGUGAAGCAAGAAUUUGUGGUAUCGUUAAUACGUGCGGUCAAUUCAACAGUCCGAAUUGUUGAAUUUCAGGAUACUCUAUUUAGAAAAGAUGUCUUGUGGGAUCUUUUUCAGGGUGGUUUGAAUUGCCAAUUGCUAAAGCUGAGGUCUACUGAGAUUCAAAAGUUGAAUAUGGCUGGAAGCUUCAUGCAGUUACACACCCUCAAUCUAGAUUUUUGUUCUUCUCUCACUAGCUUAGAGAAGGAUUGCUUUACUUGCAUGCCAAAAUUAGUGCACCUCUCCAUGUGUGGAACUAGAAUAGCUGAUCUGUGGACAACCCGUGCAGCUUUGUCUCGGCUUCCUUCUUUGACAGAACUAAGGUUUCAAAAUUGCAUAUGUUGCAAAGAUACUGGGCCAUGUCUUGCAUCAUCCAAUGGCGCUGGCAGUCCAGCUUCUGUUGGCAAAUUAUUCAUAAACCAGGACUCACUCAAUGAUUCAGUGGAUAAAUUGGCACAUUUUCAACUUAAGGCUUCUUUUGGUGAUAUGCAUGUUCAAGGGAGAGAUGAUUGUGCUGAGGAUAUAAAAUUUAAACUGAGAGAUACUUCAGUUGUUUCGAAGAUGUAUCUCUCUUGUCAUCCUUCACCAAUCUGCUAUGAGAAACACUACAGGGAAUACAUGAUUGCGUCAUUGCCUCAUCUAGGAGUGUUAGAUAACUUUCCUGUUAGGAAACUAGACAGAGAAAUGGCAAAUACUGUCUUCUCGCAGUACUAUGAGUAUCUGCCAUACAAACGUCGGCAGAAAGAAAACGUUGCGAGUGUGUUGCAUAUGCGUGAAACAGGUAGAGGUAAUGCGUACCACAACAAAUCCUCUAGGAUAAAGGAGGCAGUUUCUUGUAGGAAAAUUCCACAUUUCUAUUCAAGGUCCCUCUGUGCAGCCAAACUUGGUUCAUCUGCUUCUCCUUGCUUGCAUAAAAUAUCUAAUAUCAGCAAUGAUAUCAAAGAAGGAAAUGAGAGCCUCCGACCAAGACAGUUUGAGUAUCACCCCACUAAUCCUAGUCUAAUGGCUUUCGGAACUUUGGAUGGGGAGGUGGUUGUCGUUAACCAUGAUGCUGGAAAUAUUUUUAGUUAUAAUCCACUCUUUGGGGUGACUAAUAGCAUCUUAGGCCUCUGUUGGCUCAACAAGAAUCCAUUUAAGCUCCUUGCCGGUUCUGACAGUGGCUCUUUGAGAUUGUAUGACAUCAAUGACUCAUUGCAAAAGGCAGAGAGUGGUUGUAGCAGUUCCAGCCCUGUUGUGUUUGAUAAAUUUGAACAGUUGACUUCACUUCAUGUUAAUUCAACAGAUGAUCAGUUUCUUACGAGUGGUUAUUCAAAGAAAGUUGCCAUAUAUGAUAUUUGUAGUGGCAAGCGCUUGCAUUUGUUCAGUGAUAUGCAUCAAGAACCCAUUAAUGUGGCUAAAUUUGCACAUCACUCUCCAAACCUGCUAGUCACUUCAUCAUUCGAUCGUGAUGUCAAAUUGUGGGAUUUAAGGCAGACACCAAAUCAACCCUGUUAUACAACCUCGAGCUCAAGGGGAAACGUGAUGGUUUGUUUCUCCCCGGACGACCUGUAUCUGCUGGUAUCGGCUGUAGACAACGAGGUGAAACAACUUUUGUCUGUAGAUGGGAGGCAGCAGACAGAUUUCGGUAUAGCUUCCACAGGGAGCGCUCAUAAUUAUACACGAUCAUAUUAUAUGAAUGGAAGAGACUAUGUCAUUAGUGGAAGCAGUGAUGAAUCAAUUGUCCGCAUUUGUUGUGCUCAAACAGGGAGGCGACUGAGGGACUAUUAUUUGGAGGACAGGGCACUGGAGAGUCCAAUAUUGGUGCAGUCAUUGAGAAGUGAUCCUUUCAGACAUUUUCACAUGGCUGUCUUAGCAUCCUAUGUUCGUCCCAGUUCAAGACGAGACAUCAUUAAGGUCAAUUUGCUAGAAUCAGGGCAAUGCAAUGAUGAAGAUUCCAAGAGGGAAGACUUCUCCAGUUCUUACGGUCAUGGAGGUUGAAUUUCACAUCUUGCAAAUUUGUGUGUAAAUGAGUAAGGAGCUCACAUUUUGUGCAUAUGUAUCUCCGUGCAAGCCUUGCCUAAAAAACAAAGAUCAGCUAGUGCAACUUCUAUCGCUCGACGUAGAGAUCCCAUGUCUGCUUCUCCGAUUCUCUAGUUAAUGGGAAUGUCAAUUUACUGCUUAGUUCCAACAUGAAACACCAACUAAGCAAUGACAAAAUUUUCAAUAUAAAAAAAUAGGAGUGGAGAACUUUUGGAAGAGAGCAAACGUAGCUGGACGCAGGGCUGCAGAUUAGGUGCUUCAAUAAGUACAAGAUACUGCAUAUAUAGACACUCAUGUGGUUCAAUCUGCUAGUAAAUAAUUAUAUAUCAAGUUUAAUUUUGAAUA